AUGGCGGCGGAACAGAGAAAAUUGCUUGAGCAGCUUAUGGGCGCGGACCAACUCAUUGGAGCCAGUGCCCAUGGUCGCAAUUCCCAGCUUUCAAUCACAGACGCCAAGGUCUGCCGCUCCUACCUCGUUGGCACCUGCCCGCACGACCUGUUCACCAACACCAAGCAAGAUCUUGGCCCAUGCCCGAAAGUACAUAGCGAGGGAUUGAAAACCGAGUACGAUGCAGCUUCAACAGCAGAGAAGGCGAAAUGGGGCUUUGAUUUCGACUACAUGCGCGAUAUGCAAAAGUACAUUGAUGACUGUGACCGGAGGAUCGACACGGCCCAACGCCGACUAGAGAAAACCCCAGAUGAGAUCCGACAGACGAACGACCUGCUCAAGCAAAUCGCAGACCUCAACAACACAAUUAACACCGGCCUCCUGGAGGUCUCCGUUCUCGGCGAAACAGGCUCCGUCGCAAUGGCCAUGAAUGAAAUGCAUAAGGUCCGCACAACUAAGCACCAGAAGGAGAGUGCUGAACGCGACCUCAAGAACCUGCAGGAUACCUCUGGUCCCUCCGGCCACCAGAAGCUUCAAGUUUGCGACGUCUGCGGCGCCUACCUCAGUCGGCUGGACAACGACCGUCGACUGGCCGAUCAUUUCUUCGGAAAGAUGCAUAUGGGAUACUCGGAUAUGCGCAAGACUUGGAAGAAGCUUAGCACUGAGCUGAAAGGUCGCGCACCCCCCGUGCGUCAGCACGAAGAGGAAGAUCCCUACAGUGCAGGUGGUCGCGCAAACGCUGGCCGUGGUCCACGAUAUGGUGGGGGCGGUGGUGGAGGUGGAGGAUACAGACGCCGGGGUGGUGGUGGACGAUGGUGA